AUGUUUUGGACCUGCAGGAACGCAUCUUUAUUAAUAAGAUCAACAGCCUCGUCUCUCCGUUCAUCGUCCUCAUCCACACCUUCACUCCUUUCACGCACUUUCAACUUCACCUCACCCCGCACCUCUCCGUCAAAAGUCUAUCUCCGCGCAAUGUCUUCAGCAGUUUCCCUCGUCGAGUCGGCCAAGAAGGCCGCGGCUUACCGCGCCGUCGAUGAGCACCUCGACCCCUCCGCGCGCUACGUCGGUAUCGGCUCCGGCAGCACCGUCGUCUACGUCGUCGAUGCCAUCGCCGCAAAGGGCCCCGCCUUCUGGUCCAACAUGACCUUCCUCCCUACUGGAAGCCAGUCCAAGGGUUUGAUCCGCGCUGCCGGUCUGCGCCUGUGCAACCUCGAUGAGAGACCCAUUGGCCCCGACGGCAAGCUCGUCCCUCUUGACGUUGCGUUUGACGGCGCCGACGAGGUUGACGCCAACCUCAACUGCAUCAAGGGCGGCGGUGCCUGCUUGUUGCAGGAGAAGCUGGUCGCCAUUGCUGCUAAGAAGUUUGUCGUUGUCGCUGACUACCGUAAGCUUUCUCAAAGGCUUCUCACCAACUGGAAGGCAAUCCCCAUUGAGGUCCUUCCCAUGUCCGCACCCGACGUGCUGGACCGCUUGACCGAUCUCGGCUCCGUCAAGCCCCUCGUCCGCCCUGGAGCCCCCGCCAAGGCUGGUGAGGCUGUCACUGACAACGGCAUGUGGAUCAUCGAUGCGCCCUUCCCCCAGCUCCUCUUGCCCGAGGAUCUCACGGAUAGCGCCGCUCAGGCCGCCGGCCGCAAUGCCGCUGGCGCGUGGGAGGUCUCGGCGCUGGCCAAGGAGCUGCUUCUGAUCCCUGGUAUCGUGGAAAUUGGCAUCUUCCACGGCGUCAACGGGCUUCAGGCGGCCCAGGCUGGCAAGUUCGGCCUCGCACAGAAGCCAGUUGCCGCCUACUUUGGAAUGGAAGACGGCAGUGUGAAGCUUGCCAGCGCAUAG